UUUUAUUUUUUAUUCUAUUACUACUUUGUUAGGCUCGUCUCGUGAUACCUUCUACAAAACCUUUCCUUUUCUCUCUCUCACUCCACAAACUCAACUCACAGUUCCUCCCUCAUUCUUUCCCUCCUCCGCCAUCUCUUAUGGAAUCUCGCCGGAAAACCACUUUUGGUUUUGGAGAAAACCGGCGGCAGAAGGCACCCAGCAUAUAAAAACAAAACAAUAUACUUCUAUCCUUUUAAUUUUUGGUCUUAUUCCAAAAGUAUAUUGUCCAAUGGCAGUAAUUUUACACUCUGUUGUUGUUUCUUUUGUUUUGCUUCUGCUACUGCUGAGUCAUGGUCGAGUUGACUCGGAACCUGUACAAGACAAGCAAGCUCUCCUUGCGUUUCUCUCUCGAGUUCCUCAUGCUAAUCGCCUCCAAUGGAACUCUUCCGCUUCGGCUUGCACGUGGGUUGGAAUCGUUUGCAACGCCAACAAUUCCUCCGUGUACGAACUUCGCCUUCCUGGCGUGGGACUUGUAGGUCAGAUUCCACCCAACACACUUGGCAAGCUGAGUCAGCUCCGAGUUCUAAGUCUCCGAUCAAACCGUCUCUCCGGCGAGAUCCCCGCUGAUUUCUCCAAUCUAACCCUCCUCCGUAGUCUUUAUCUCCAAAAAAACGAGUUUUCAGGUGAUUUCCCGCCGAGUCUACCUCGGCUGAAUCGGUUAACUCGUCUCGAUCUUUCCUCAAACAACUUCAGUGGUUCAAUCCCUUUUGCAGUGAACAAUUUGACUCAUUUGACUCGUCUUUUUUUACAAAACAACCAGUUUUCGGGCACUUUACCAAGUAUAAGCUCUUCAAAUUUGAUAGACUUCAAUGUAUCAAACAAUCAUUUAAAUGGUUCAAUCCCUUCAUCUUUAACAAAAUUCCCUGCAUCCUCAUUCGCCGGUAAUUUAAAUCUCUGCGGUGGCCCAUUGCCGCCUUGCAAUCCAUUUUUCCCUUCUCCAGCUCCAUCUCCAUCAGAAAAUCCUGAAACUCCAGUUCACGAAAAGUCCAAGAAACUCUCCACUGCCGCCAUUGUUUUAAUUGCAGUUGGCUCCGGUUUAGUUGCUUUCUUGCUCUUACUCUUUCUACUAUUAUGUCUCCGUAGAAAGCAACGCCGGCAGCCACCGAAGGUGCCAAAACCAGCUGCCGCGGCACGCGCGGUGCCAGUUGAAGCAGGGACAUCAUCGUCUAAAGAUGAUAUCACAGGUGGGUCAACGGAGGCCGAAAGGAAUAAGCUAGUAUUUUUCGAAGGAGGCAUUUAUAGCUUCGAUUUGGAGGAUUUAUUGAGGGCAUCAGCGGAGGUGUUGGGGAAAGGAAGCGUAGGAACUUCCUACAAGGCGGUGCUUGAAGAAGGCACAACCGUAGUAGUAAAGAGGCUCAAGGAUGUGGUGGUCUCAAAAAGAGAGUUCGAGAUGCAAAUGGAGGUUCUUGGAAAUAUUAAGCACGACAAUGUAGUUCCAUUAAGGGCUUUUUACUAUUCUAAAGAUGAGAAGCUACUGGUUUAUGAUUUCAUGGCCGCCGGCAGCUUGUCUGCUCUUCUUCACGGUAGCAGAGGUUCAGGCCGGACGCCGUUGGACUGGGACAAUCGGAUGCGAAUAGCUAUGAGCGCAGCAAGAGGCCUUGCUCAUCUCCAUGUAGUAGGUAAAGUAGUCCACGGGAAUAUCAAAUCAUCCAAUAUCCUGCUUCGACCCGAUCACGACGCUUCCGUUUCGGACUUCGGACUCAACCCGCUCUUUGGCACUGCCACUCCGCCAAGCCGCGUUGCAGGUUAUCGUGCUCCAGAAGUUGUUGAAACCCGUAAAGUCACCUUCAAAGCUGACGUGUACAGUUUCGGCGUAUUGCUCCUCGAACUCUUAACAGGGAAAGCACCAAAUCAAGCAUCGUUAGGCGAAGAAGGGAUUGACUUGCCAAGGUGGGUCCAGUCAGUGGUUCGAGAGGAAUGGACGGCUGAGGUUUUUGAUGUGGAGUUGAUGAGAUACCAUAACAUUGAGGAAGAGAUGGUACAAUUGUUGCAAAUAGCAAUGGCGUGCGUUUCGACGGUGCCUGAUCAGAGACCGGCAAUGCAAGAAGUGUUGAGAAUGAUUGAGGAUAUUAAUAGAGGAGAGACUGAUGAUGGAUUACGACAGUCGUCCGAUGAUCCAUCAAAAGGAUCGGACGGGCAUACUCCUCCGGCGGAAACCAGAACUCCGCCUAGAGCUGUUACACCGUAGAAAUUCCUUUUCUAAAUUAAAGGGGUAAAAAAUUAAACAGUUAAAGGGAAAAAAAAAGGAGGAAGAAAAGGAAGUGGUUGGUGACCCCACCUUGAAAUGUGCACACAGUGCGUAAGUAAACAGUGGUAAAGUGCUCAUUUGAUUGAGGGAGCUUUGGAGAGUGGCCCCCAAUAAGUGUUUUUAAGAUUUUUUUUCUCAUUUUUUGGGUUAAUUUUAUUUUUUUUCAAUUUUAAUUUGCAACAUUUUUACAGGUGAAGGGUAAUUUCAGGAGGAUUUGAAUUGUUUUUAGAGGGGAAUUAGGGAGUUCCAUGAACUGAUUGGAAUUUGACCCAAUUGAUGGAUUUAGUCUUUUUCUUUUUUAAUUUAAUUCUUUAUUUCAUAUAUCCUUUUUUAUAAAAAAAUAUCUUAGUCUCUUGUUUUCA